UUGGGACGUCACCAUGUCUAUGUCUACGUGGAUGGUGAGGGACUUUGCAGCUGACUGAGAUCACUAUCACCGAGACACCAGCCCAUCCCUUCAGCCUUCUGCCGCUUAAAAUCCAAAAUUUCAAAACUAUCCACAAACAAAGUUUCCUUUACAUAUAAACCCCAAAAGAGCAACUGGUAGGUGAAUACCCUUUUGGUUAAGUAUCACUGCACAAAUCCUGUUACACAUAACCCCCAAAUCAUCUUCUUCAAAGAACUUCUUCAAAGCGAAGGCAGACAGAGAGAGGGAGGAAGAAUUUUUGUACACGCAGAGAAAUGGCGCAAGUGAGCAAAAUCUGCAAUGGGGUUCAACAUAAUUGCACUUUCCCAAAUCUCUCUAAACUACAAACACCGAAAUAUCUAUCUUCAAUUUCAUUUAGAUCACAGUUUAAGGGGUCUUCAGUUUCUAGGGGUUUGAAGCACUGCCAAAGAAAGCCUGAUUGUACAGUUGAUCAAGUUAAGAGGAGCCCUGUUAGAGUUUCAGCUUCAGUCGCCACAUCCGAGAAGCCUUCAACGGCACCAGAGAUAGUCUUGCAACCCAUUAAAGAAAUUUCCGGUACCGUCACGUUGCCGGGUUCCAAGUCUCUGUCUAAUCGGAUUCUCCUUCUCGCUGCUCUUUCUGAGGGUACAACUGUUGUUGACAACUUGCUGAAUAGUGAUGAUGUUCGGUACAUGCUUGGUGCACUGAGAACGCUUGGCUUGCAUGUGGAAGACAAUAAUGAGCUCAAACGAGCCAUUGUAGAAGGUUGUGGCAGUCAUUUUCCAGUGGGUAAAGGAUCAAAGAAUGAUAUUGAACUUUUCCUCGGAAAUGCAGGAACAGCAAUGCGUCCAUUGACAGCUGCUGUUACUGCAGCAGGGGGAAAUUCAAGCUACAUACUUGAUGGGGUUCCACGAAUGCGAGAGAGACCAAUUGGAGACUUGGUUGCUGGUCUUAAGCAGCUUGGUGCAGAUGUUGAAUGUUCUCCUACAAAUUGUCCACCUGUUCGUAUAAAUGGACAAGGAGGCCUUCCUGGGGGAAAGGUUAAGCUCUCUGGAUCAAUUAGCAGUCAGUACUUGACUGCUUUGCUCAUGGCAGCUCCUUUAGCUCUUGGAGAUGUAGAAAUUGAGAUUAUUGAUAAGCUGAUAUCCAUUCCUUACGUUGAGAUGACAUUGAGGUUAAUGGAACGAUAUGGAGUCACUGUAGAACACACUAGUAGCUGGGAUCGUUUCUUCAUUCGUGGAGGUCAAAAGUACAAGUCUCCUGGAAAUUCUUUUGUUGAAGGUGAUGCUUCAAGUGCCAGUUACUUCCUGGCUGGUGCAGCAAUCACUGGUGGAACAAUCACUGUUGAAGGUUGUGGGACAAGCAGUUUGCAGGGGGAUGUAAAGUUUGCUGAGGUUCUUGAGAAAAUGGGAGCUAAAGUUACCUGGACUGAGAACAGUGUUACUGUCACUGGACCACCACGCAAUUCUCCUAGUAAAAAACACUUGCGUGCUAUUGACGUCAACAUGAACAAAAUGCCGGAUGUUGCUAUGACACUGGCUGUGGUUGCACUUUUCGCUGAUGGCCGUACUGCCAUCAGAGAUGUGGCCAGUUGGAGAGUGAAAGAAACUGAAAGGAUGAUUGCAAUUUGCACAGAGCUCAGAAAGUUGGGAGCAACAGUUGAAGAGGGACCAGAUUACUGUGUGAUCACUCCACCUGAGAAACUAAAUAUCGCAGAAAUUGACACUUACGAUGAUCACAGAAUGGCCAUGGCAUUCUCCCUUGCCGCCUGUGGGGAUGUUCCGGUCACAAUCAAGGACCCUGGUUGCACAAGAAAAACUUUCCCCGACUACUUUGAAGUCCUUGAGAGAUUCACUGAGCAUUGAGCCACAUGUCAACAUUCAUAAUUAAUACAGGAGAAAUAUGAUUUACCCGCCAGCAUCACUGCAACCAUGGCAAUGCGGUUGCAACCUAUAUAUAAUUUUUUUUUUCCCAUGAUCUUUGUAAUCUUGGAUAAUUUAUGCAAGUGAGUUGGUAUUGUUAUUGUGCCCCAGACUUGGAUCAUUAAAGGAAGGAGUGUUGUUGGUUCUUUUA